UUGUGUGAAAAAGUGAAAAAAAAGUGAAGUGAAAAAUGGCUCGUACAAAGCAAACUGCCCGUAAAUCGACUGGUGGCAAAGCACCACGUAAACAAUUGGCUACUAAGGCUGCUCGCAAGAGUGCACCAGCUACCGGUGGUGUUAAGAAACCUCAUCGUUAUCGCCCUGGUACUGUAGCUUUGCGUGAAAUUCGCCGUUACCAAAAGAGCACUGAGUUGUUGAUCCGUAAAUUGCCAUUCCAACGUUUGGUACGUGAAAUUGCUCAAGAUUUCAAAACAGAUUUACGUUUCCAGAGCUCUGCUGUUAUGGCUCUUCAAGAGGCCAGUGAAGCCUAUUUGGUUGGUCUUUUCGAAGAUACCAACUUGUGUGCCAUCCACGCUAAACGUGUCACCAUUAUGCCAAAGGAUAUCCAAUUGGCUAGACGUAUUCGUGGCGAACGCUCAACGAAAAGAAAUACCGAUGGUGUUGUUAUUGUCUUUAUAUCAUUAAAAAAAAAGUGAAGUGAAAAAAUGGCUCGUACUAAGCAAACUGCCCGUAAAUCGACUGGUGGCAAAGCACCACGUAAACAAUUGGCUACUAAGGCUGCUCGCAAGAGUGCACCAGCUACCGGUGGUGUUAAGAAACCUCAUCGUUACCGCCCUGGUACUGUAGCUUUGCGUGAAAUUCGCCGUUACCAAAAGAGCACUGAAUUGUUGAUCCGCAAAUUGCCAUUCCAACGUUUGGUUCGUGAAAUUGCUCAAGAUUUCAAAACUGAUUUGCGUUUCCAGAGCUCUGCGGUUAUGGCUCUUCAAGAGGCCAGUGAAGCUUAUUUGGUUGGUCUUUUCGAAGAUACCAACUUGUGUGCCAUCCAUGCUAAACGUGUCACCAUUAUGCCAAAGGAUAUCCAAUUGGCCAGACGUAUUCGUGGCGAACGUGCUUAAUUUAAUGCGGAUGUGUGACGAUGAUGAUGAUGUAUAG